AUGCGAACAAAAGUGGAUAUUGGUCCAGCAAGCAAAUCCACACCACUGCUUGAAGAGCAGCUGCGUGAUCGUGUCACCUCCAAGCAGAAAGCAUCAAAAGCCUAUACCGAUACUAAAAGAGGUGCACAAGUGCCAAAGAUCAAAGAGGGAAGCCUGGGCAGAGUAAGAAAACCUUUCCACAUUAAAAAAGGACUGUCAAAGUUCUACACACCUGCCAGGGUGAUGGAAAGAGCUGGUGCAGGUUCCUUUGUACUGGAGGAUGGAUCUACAUUGAACGCGUCGCACCUUUCUCUGGUUCCAGAGAGUGCAGAGGACAUCAUCACAGGCAAACCUGCUGAUCCAGCCUCUGUGCCAGAGCCCACUAAACCACCGGAUGAUACAUGCAGACCCACCAGGGUCAGAAAAAAAGCCUGCUUGGCUGAGCAAUCAUGA